GUGGUCCAGCAUGGAUAAGGUCAAGAGGGUCCUGGUUUACAUCGUGAAGGACCAGGCGGCCCCGCAGAGGGUCCAGUUCCUCCAGAGUGUGACAGGGUUCUUCUCAGACGGGGAGGACCAGGUGGACGUCAGCUUCUCUCUGGAGGACAGCAGGUUUCUGGUGUCCAGAGGAGCAGGAGGACCAGGACCAGGGACCCCCCUGAAGAGACCCUCCUUCUGUCCCAUCAAACACCUGUCGGCUGCAGAGGACGUCCCGUUGGACGUCCAGCAGCGUGGAGUGGACGUGGGCGUGGCCAUCCUGCUUCAGACAGCCAAUCAGAGAGUGCUGCUGACGCGCCGGGCCCAGCAGCUCCACAUAUUCCCAAACGUCUGGGUUCCUCCAGGUGGACAUGUGGAGCCAGAGGAGACGCUGCUGGCUGCAGGACUCAGGGAGCUGCAGGAGGAGACCGGACUACAUCUGAGACCGGACCAGGUGUCUCCACAGGUCCUGGGACUGUGGGAGUCGGUGUUUCCUCACAUGUUGUCCAGAGGACGUCCUCAGAGACACCACAUCGUGGUCUACAUGCUGCUGCUGUCCUCCCUGUCUCACCUGCAGCUGCAGCCGUCUCUCAAACCGUGUCCAGCUGAGGUCAGUGCCUCUGUGUGGGUGGACAGGAGACUGGCAGCAGCCAUCGUGUCCUCGAUGGACGGAGAGGAGGGGGACGUCUGUGUGGACGAGCUGCCCAGCAGAGUCAGUGUGACGCAGGUUUCUGCAGACUCAGCUCUGACCCAGGCUCUGCUGCCGACUCACGUCUUCACCAGGACAGCACCGGUCAGCGGGCCGGACGUGGAGCGGGUCAGCACCGGGACCAAGUACGCCCUGAAGCUGUGGCUGAGGAGCCUGGAGACCCCUGAGCUCAGACCCCAGACCUCUGACCUCUGAACCCAGACCUCACCAGGCUGCCUGUCUCUUUUCACUGGUCUGAUGGAAAUCAUAAAGGCUCCAGGCCAGCAGGGGGCAGCAGAGACCACAUCAGGCUCCAGACCAGCAGGGGGCAGCAGAGACCACAUCAGGCUCCAGGCCAGCAGGGGGCAGCAGAGACCACAUCAGUCUCCAGGCCAGCAGGGGGCAGCAGAGACCACAUCAGGCUCCAGGUCUCAUUUUAUAAAGCAAAUAAAACAGUUUUUAAAGUUUUAUUAAAAUCACAUCUGUUUCGCUCUCAUUAAAGUAUAAAACUGUUUGAACUGUAAGUUCAGUUUUUACAGAUGGAUUACCUGAAACCUUUAUUUUUCACAUGUUUAUAUUCGGAUAAUUACAAAUGUUUGAUUUUUAUUAAAAAAAGGUUUAUAUUAAUAAAGAUCUGGAUUUCAACUGAUAAAUUAGAGAGGGGGUGUGGUUUGUAGUUUGCUUUAAAAAGUUGUUUUAACCGUUUCCUGUAAACUGAAAUAUAUUCACACAGAAAACAGCUGUGUUCAUAAUUUAAUUAUUUCCAAUAAAUAAAUAAUUAGGUUUAUCA